ACGCUUAUUCCACUGGGAUAGACGCAACUUCGGUCCGUGCGCGGAGCGAAGGAGACGCAUACCGAAAUAACACCAAUGGCUGCUCUUGUGUUCACAGCGACUUUUGCGCUAACAAUUUGGAUACCGACUUUCGCAUUAACCGCACGGGUCUACCCACCUAAUGAAGUGACGCUGCUGGACUCGAGGACUGUUCAAGGCGAACUGAAAUGGGUUGCGAGUCCGACGGAAGGAGGGUGGGAAGAGGUGAGCAUCAUGGAUGAGAAGAACACACCAAUCAGGACGUACCAGGUAUGCAACGUAAUGGAACCCAGCCAGAACAACUGGCUCCGAACAGAUUGGAUACCCCGUGGCGGAGCCCAGCGCAUCUACAUUGAGAUCAAAUUUACCCUGCGUGACUGCAACAGCCUUCCUGGAGUCAUGGGAACCUGCAAGGAGACCUUUAACCUCUACUACUACGAGUCUAGCAAUGACAAAGAGAGGUACAUCCGAGAAAACCAGUUCACCAAAAUUGACACCAUCGCUGCUGAUGAGAGCUUCACACAGGUUGACAUAGGUGACCGCAUCAUGAAACUGAACACAGAAGUGCGGGAUGUGGGAAUUUUGACAAGGAAAGGCUUCUAUUUGGCCUUCCAGGAUGUCGGGGCCUGUAUUGCUCUAGUGUCAGUACGGAUCUUCUAUAAGAAAUGCCCCCUCACCGUACGCAACCUGGCCCAGUUUCCAGAUACCACCACAGGGGCGGACACCUCAUCUCUAGUGGAGGUACGUGGAUCUUGCGUGGACAACUCAGAAGAACGGGAGGUCCCAAAAAUGUACUGUGGAGCAGAUGGAGAAUGGCUGGUGCCUAUUGGAAACUGUUUGUGUAACCCUGGUUAUGAGGAACAUAGUGGAUCUUGCCAAGCUUGUAAGAUUGGUUACUACCGAGCGUUAGCUACCGAGGACAGCUGUUCUAAGUGUCCCCUGCACAGUUACUCUGUGAGGGACGGAUCCACUUCCUGUGCCUGUGACAAAGGAUUCUUCCGGUCUGAGACGGACCAUGCUUCUAUGCCCUGCACACAGCCCCCCUCCGCUCCUCAGCACCUGAUUUCCAAUGUGAACGAGACUUCUGUAAAUCUGGAGUGGACGAUCCCAGCCUCGUCCGGCGGCAGACAGGACCUCAAUUAUAAUGUUAUAUGCAAGAGGUGCAGCUCAGAUGAUCAGCGAUGUCAGCCCUGCAGCAAUAGUAUCCAUUUUUCCCCGCAGCAGCUGGGCCUGCGAGCCACCCGGGUUUCUAUAAACGACCUGCAGGCUCACACUAACUACACCUUUGAGAUCUGGGCCGUAAACGGGGUCUCUAAACAGAGCCCCGGACCAGAACAAGCAGUUUCUGUGACUGUUACCACCAACCAGGCGGCUCCCUCUCCGGUUACCACCAUCCAGGCCAAGGACAUCACCAGACAUGCUGUGUCUUUGGCUUGGCAACAGCCAGAGAGACCCAAUGGUGUCAUCCUUGAGUACGAGGUCAAAUACUAUGAAAAGGAUCAAAAUGAGCGGAGCUAUCGUAUAAUGAAGACCUCGUCCCGCAUCGCUGAGAUAAAAGGCCUGAGCCCACUCACUUCCUACGUGUUUCACGUACGUGCUCGCACAGCCGCUGGAUAUGGAGACUUUAGCGCCCCCUUCGAGUUCAUGACCAACUCAGUUCCCUCUCCUAUAAUCGGAGAUGGUGCAAACUCCACCGUCCUGCUGGUGUCUGUAAUUGGCAGCGUGAUUCUGUUGUUCAUCUUCAUCGGAGUCUUCAUCAUUAGCCGCAGGAGAAGCAAAUACAGCAAAGCCAAACAGGACUCAGAUGAGGAGAGGCAUUUGCAUCCAGGAGUCCGGAUCUAUGUGGACCCCUUCACCUAUGAGGACCCCAACCAAGCCGUACGUGAAUUUGCCAAAGAAAUCGACGCCUCCUGCAUCAAGAUUGAAAAGGUCAUCGGCAUCGGAGAAUUUGGGGAGGUGUGCAGCGGGCGGCUUAAGAUGCCUGGAAAGCGAGAGAUCUGUGUGGCCAUAAAAACCCUCAAAGCAGGAUACACUGACAAACAGAGGCGGGACUUCCUGAGCGAGGCCAGUAUCAUGGGCCAAUUCGACCACCCCAACAUCAUCAGACUGGAGGGAGUCGUAACUAAAUGCAAGCCAGUUAUGAUCAUCACUGAGUACAUGGAAAACGGAUCCCUGGAUGCUUUUCUCAGGAAGAACGAUGGACGGUUUACGGUAAUUCAACUGGUUGGCAUCCUCCGUGGUAUUGCUUCAGGGAUGAAGUAUUUGUCUGACAUGAGCUACGUCCACCGUGAUCUGGCUGCACGCAACAUCCUUGUCAACAGCAACCUGGUGUGUAAGGUGUCUGACUUUGGCAUGUCUCGAGUUCUCGAGGAAGACCCAGAUGCUGCUUAUACAACCAGGGAAUUAACAGGAACCUAUCAAUCGCAGGGUGGCAAGAUUCCCAUUCGAUGGACCGCACCCGAAGCUAUUACGUACAGGAAGUUCACCUCUUCUUCCGACGUGUGGAGUUACGGCAUCGUCAUGUGGGAGGUGAUGUCAUACGGAGAGCGGCCGUACUGGGACAUGAGUAACCAGGAUGUGAUAAAGGCAAUUGAGGAAGGUUACAGGCUGCCACCACCAAUGGACUGCCCAGUUUCUUUGCACCAGUUGAUGCUGGAUUGCUGGCAGAAAGAGCGAGCCGAGAGGCCGAAGUUUAGUCAAAUAGUCAACAUGCUGGACAAACUGAUCCGGAACCCCAACAGCUUGAAAAGAACGGGGGGAGAGAUUGCAAGACCCAACACCACCCUCCUGGAGCCCAGCAGCCCAGAAUUUACUUCUACCCUGGGCUCAGUUGCCGAUUGGCUACAGACCAUCAACAUGGAGCGUUACAGAGACAACUUCACAGCUGCUGGUUACACCACCCCAGAAGCUGUGGUCCAUAUGACACAAGAGUGAGUCACAUGAGCAAAUACUGGGCUCUCUUAAAGGAGACAUGGCACGGAUAGGGAUCUCCUCUGCCGUACAUCAGGAUAAGAUCCUCAGCAGCGCGCAUGGAAUGCUGUCCCAGAUGCAACAAAUGCAAGACAGGAUGGUUCCUGUCUGAACCCAUGGGAUCGGAACAGAAACUCAAAACAUACUUUGGACUUAAUUUUUUUUAUUUUGGUUUCUAAGAAAAUCCACUUACCUCAUCCAUGCACUUGAAAAAAAAAAAUUUGGAAAAUGAAAGAAAAAGCAAAAUAGCAAAGUAUUUCAGAGGAACGAUACAGUCCUUUCCUUCAAUAACGCCAUCUUUGCACUUUGAGAGAAUUGAGAGGAUUGUCCCAUGCUGUACUGAUGCUCUGGAUACAAUUUUAGGAAGCUUUACAUGGGUUCCUUCAUUUCAAUGACACUACGAAGGGGUUUAUCUGGUUCUUUCGAUUGUUUUAUUUUGUAUGUAUGUGUCUGUAAGUAUGUGUAUAAAUAGUACUGGAUUUUCUCGUCCGAUACUGCCAUUUCACAGUUACUAGAGUCAGCGGCACAUGGCAGAUAUUAUGCACUAUUUAGUGCACUUGUUCUGGUGAAUUCGGAGAGGCAUUCAUCUUCCCGACGUCCACAAUGGAAGACACCUCCGGGCCAGUUCUGGAAGGUCUUCAGGUCUCCCCACCCUCCCGAAUGGAAUAUCUGUCUCAUACUUCUCCACUUGGCUGGGAUCUCAUGCGCACCGGUUGGAAUAGAAAAUUCUGCCUUCGGUUUACAUCUCUCUCCACCUCGGUCUCCACAGUCCCCCUUUUCUCACUCUCCCGCUCCAUCUACGUCUUCCUCACUCCUGCCCUUGUCUCCUUGUCUCGGGAGACUUUCGGCGGGCCGUGAAAUCAACACGUCUCACUUACUGGAAGUUCCAUCAUAGCUGAUCUAAGUGUCACCUUCAUACAUCUGCUCCAUAGCGAUAUCCUCCAUGAAACUCCAGCGCAGCCUCAAAUCAAUGACAGUUGCAAUAACUACAUUUAUCCAACACUAGGACAAAGGACUUUAAUUCCAUAAUGCCUGCCGAAUGCCAAACGAUUCAGAAAUGGGAGUCCGAGAACAAAUGACGAACAGCCAGAGGAGCAUGCAAGGGCCCUUCGGUUGUCUCCUAAGAGAUUCAAUGAGAGAUAACAAUGAUACAUUAUUUUUUUUUUUUUUUUUUGGUCUCACUUGUGCACAGUUUGUACACAUUUUGACAAAAUAUCUUCAAACUCUUCAUUCUCAGAGCAGUGUUUGUUUUCUCUAAAAAGGAUGAGUUUGUUUGAGAAAAACUCAUGAUGUGUGCUAAAACAGAACUCUUGAGUUGUGGCUAAACGUUGGAGAUAAGCAUACUGGAGUAGUUUGCUAUUUACGGCAAUCCACUGCUGUUCUCUGCUUCUUACGCCAAGACUGGGGAUUGUCACUAAAACAUGCAAAAAUGUUUGGGCCUUUUGACUCAAAUAUGAAUGAGUUAAGCUAAUUUGAAUGGUCUGCAAGAUGAAGUGGACUGCAAGAAGAGACACAUUAUUUGUACAUAAAAUAAACUUAUUACAGGAAUGUUUAUAACAAAGGGGAAAAAACUCUUAACAUUUCAAGUGUUCUCUGUUUCACGUCAACCUGACUCAUUCCGUCCAGAGACUCUUUUAUCUGAGGGGGUUCUGUUAAUGCAAUGCAUUCUCAUAUGAAAAUCCUCUGUUUAGACCUUGAAUAUGUUUCUUUUUGUCAUUCUUUGUUUAUCCUUCUAUAUUCCCUCCUCAAUAUUUGGUGUCAGCCUUAUAGGACCUGUUUGGAAUAUGCAAUGAAUGUGAGAGGAGAGGAAUUCAAUAGAAUGUACUGUGCCAAGUCUCUUAAUGAAGUUUAUUUUGGAGAAACACACUAACAAGUAAUUUUUCUCAGCUGAUCUAGGCAUUUAAGUUUAACAUUGUGCAUAAUUGUGUCAAUACUUUCAUUGUUGUCUUCCAUUUUUUAUUUUAUGAAUUUAGGUACAUGAAACCUGUCAUUUAUUUAUGGUCUUUUUUAUCUAGUUUGUAAAUUGUAAAAUAGAGCUAUGAGAGAAAUAAAUGAUUGCCAAGUGCAUUGUA